AGACUUGGUCAUGUUGGCAUGAAACAACUCAACCGUCUCAUAAAGCAUGAUUUAGUAGUUGGCUUGAAGAAUGUAAAGUUUGAGAAAGAUAAAUUAUGUAGUGCAUGUCAAGCCGGAAAGCAAGUUGCAAAUGGUCAUCCCUCUAAGAGUGUCAUGUCAACCGAAAGACCAUUGGAAUUAUUGCAUAUUGAUUUAUUUGGUCCUACAACAUAUAGAAGUAUUGGUGGAAAUUGCUAUUGUCUUGUUGUAGUGGAUGAUUACUCAAGGUAUACUUGGGUUUUCUUUCUUCAUGACAAAGCCGAUACUUAUGAUAUAUUCAAGAAAUUCUUGACAAGGGCCAAAAAUGAAUUUGAACUCAAGGUGAAGAAAGUGAGGAGUGAUAACGGAAGUGAAUUUAAAAAUACAAGAGUUGAAGAAUGGUGUGAUGAGAAAGGAAUCAAACAUGAAUUUUCAACCAAAUAUACUCCGGAACAAAAUGGUCUUGUUGAGCGGAAAAAUAGAACCUUGAUUGAUAUGGCAAGAUCAAUGCUCUCCGAAUACAAUGUUUCCGAUAGUUUUUGGGCUGAAGCUAUCAACACGGCAUGUCAUGCAUCUAAUAGAUUGUAUUGCCAUAGAUUCCAUAACAAGACCCCAUAUGAGUUGCUCAUUGGAAGGAAACCAAAUAUAUCAUAUUUUAGAGUAUUUGGUUGCAAAUGCUAUAUUCUCAAGAAGGGAACUCGGUUAUCAAAGUUCCAAAGCAAAUGUGAUGAGGGUUUUCUUCUCGGGUAUUCAUCUUGUAGCAAGGCUUAUCGGGUCUACAAUAAAAUGCAUGACAUUGUUGAAGAAGCAUAUGAUGUUGAAUUUUUUCUUGAACCUAACCGUGUAGAUGAUGCAUUGAGAGAUCCGGAUUGGGUGAAUGCUAUGCAUGAAGAAUUAAACAAUUUCACCCGGAAUCAAGUUUGGGAUUUAGUUGAGAGGCCUAGAAAUUAUAAUGUCAUUGGCACUAAAUGGGUUUUUAGAAACAAGCAAAAUGAAGAUGGAUUGGUUGUGAGAAACAAGGCAAGAUUGGUGGCUCAAGGCUUCACUCAAGUCGAAGGUUUGGAUUUCGGUGAAACUUUUGCCCCCGUUGCUAGACUAGAAGCUAUUAGAAUCUUAUUAGCUUAUGCUUGCUCUCACAACAUAAAACUUUUUCAAAUGGAUGUGAAAAGUGCUUUCUUAAAUGGCAAAAUUAGUGAACUUGUUUUUGUUGAGCAACCUCCCGGUUUUGAAGAUCCCAAGAAACCAAAUCAUGUAUAUAAGCUCUCUAAAGCUCUUUAUGGUUUGAAGCAAGCUCCACGAGCUUGGUAUGAAAGAUUGAGAGAUUUUCUUAUUUCCAAGGGAUUCAAAAUUGGUAAGGUUGACACUACCUUGUUCACUAAAACCAUUGGUAAGGAUUUGUUUGUUUGUCAAAUUUAUGUUGAUGAUAUUAUCUUUGGCUCAACUAACCCAAGUUUUUGUGAGGAAUUUGGUGAAAUGAUGUCUAGGGAAUUUGAAAUGUCCAUGAUCGGUGAAUUGAGUUUCUUUCUUGGACUUCAAAUCAAGCAACUCAAGGAAGGCACCUUUGUGUGUCAAUCAAAAUAUGUAAAGGAUAUCUUGAAGAAAUUUGGUAUGGAAAAUGCAAAACCAAUCAAGACUCCUAUGGCUACCAAUGGGCAUCUCGACCUAGAUGAGGGAGGUAACCCGGUUGACCAAAAGCUUUACCGCUCUAUGAUUGGUAGCUUGCUUUAUUUGACCGCAUCUAGGCCCGAUAUCAUGUUUAGUGUUUGCAUGUGUGCACGAUUUCAAGCCGCACCUAGAGAAUGUCAUUUGACCGCCGUCAAAAGGAUUUUGAGAUACUUGAAAUAUACUCCUAAUAUUGGUUUAUGGUAUCCUAAGGGCGCUCACUUUGAUUUGGUUGGAUUCUCGGAUUCGGACUAUGCGGGGUGCAAGGUUGAUAGGAAGAGCACUUCCGGUGGUUGUCAAUUUCUUGGAAGAUCGCUUGUCUCUUGGUCUUCAAAGAAACAAAAUUCCGUGGCUCUCUCAACCGCCGAAGCGGAAUAUAUUUCGGCCGGAAGUUGUUGUGCACAAUUGUUAUGGAUGAAGCAAACUCUUCUUGACUAUGGUGUGAAAUUUGAUGAAAUUCUCUUGUUGUGUGAUAAUGAAAGUGCCGUGAAGAUUGCUACUAAUCCGGUUCAACAUUCAAGAACCAAGCAUAUUGAUAUCCGUCAUCAUUUUCUUAGAGACCAUGUGAACAAGGGCGAUAUCAAGAUUGAUGGUAUUGGCACGGAUGAUCAAUUAGCCGAUAUAUUCACUAAGCGGACGGUCCGCGGGCCACCUCGGAAAAUUCUCAAGGCAUUCACCUCAAAAAUCAAAAAGGCUGGGACAUCAAAGCGGCAACGAGAUGGUGAUAACUCCGAUGAUUCGGACUAUGAUCCUCAUCCUAGUGAGAUGGCUGCAGCAUCCUCAGUGGGUGGUGUUGGUGAUGAAUCUUCAGAUGAGGAAUUAGAGGAUUCUAAAGAUGAUAUUACUGUUUUGAUGGGGCUAGAUCUUCCUAGCCGACACACCAAGGUACAACAAGAUGCUUACUUCGGUCAUCUAGUUAAGAAAACUGUGUUCAAACAUCAAACUAUUGACCUGGGGUAUAUGCGAUCACAUCCUGUCAUGACUGAUCUAGUGGAUAGAUUUGAGGAAAUGGGAUGGUCCACUGGGAAGAGAACAUAUUUUGCCACAUUUGCUCAGUUUGCUGCAGCUAAUCAGUUGGACUAUGAUUUCAUCACUAGUGAGCAAAGCAUGAAUGUCAUCUUAGAAAAUCCUCUAGAUGAGAAUGACUACCCCAUGAUUGAUGUCAUUGCUCUCAUCAUGGAUCAGCUGGCAGAUUUAAGGCUUAAUAUGGAAAUGAACUUAUACUUUGCUCCGUACAUCAUGUCCAUCAUCAAGGAAAAGACAUCAUUUAGAGGUGUUUCACAGGGGCAUGGUGGUCAUGAUGAUAGUGACGAUGAUGCUCACAUAGGAGCAGCUGCAGCACAGCAUGGCAUGCCACCACCGCACUCUCCAGUACAGCAGCAGUGGGCUCCUCCAGCUGGCUAUUUUGAUCCUUACUUUGCAUCUAUGCAGGAGAGCCUAUCCUCUCAGAUUGCUGGGUUGACUAGUCAGAUGCAGAGUCAGAUGGACCUCAACUUCCAGAACAUGCAGCAGCAGAUGUUCCAGCCCAUGAUGGCUCAGAUGCAGGGGGUUCAGGAGAACUUACACUCAGAUAUAGCCGCUCUUGAUGCGCGCUUUGAGGAUUUGCCUUCUUCUGAGCAGUUUGAGCAGCUUGAGCAUAGGCAGCAGGAUCUAGAGCAGCGCUUUGAUACCUUCAGCACAGCUUUCACCGGGUUUUCUGACCACUUCUACUCAGUGUUCCCGGCUCCAGUGCCGCCUCCAGAGUUCUACCCACACCAGCCGUUUUACCCACCACCACCUCCUCCGCCGCCGAUGGAUUGA